AUGCAGUUUGCAAUCUGGCUGGUUGGACUCAUGUGUCACCUGUCAGCGCUUGUCCCGGACACUUUGCAAUACCGAUUGCAUCCGAAACAAGAAAGCUUCAUCAAGCAGCUGUCAUCGUAUGAAAUCAUCACCCCGCUCCGUGUCAAUGACUUCGGAGAAUCAUUCCCCCACAAAUUGCACUACAGACGGAGACGGAGAAGUUUGGAUGAUGACCUGUCGGGUUUACGGGUUCACUACAGGAUUGAUGCGUUCGGGGAGCGCUUUCAUCUCAAUCUGACCGCACACUCCGGCUUCAUCGCCCCCUCUUACACAGUGACACACUUGGGAGCGGAACAGAGCGACGCCGCGGACUCCCACUUCCAGGACGCGAGCGAUAUGCGCCACUGCUUUUUCCGCGGACACGUCAACGCCAACAGCGAGUACCCCGCUGUCUUCAGCCUGUGCACUGGCCUUAUUGGAACUUUUACGACACAACACGGUGAAUACUUCUUGGAGCCUCUUUUAAAUGCUGCGGGGGAGGAAUAUGACGAAGAGCACAACAAACCUCAUCUUGUCUAUCGACAUGAUCUAAAUAUGAGAUUCCUAACCACAGUUUACUGUGUAGUUAGUGAAUCGAAUCUGAACAACAGGUCAGUUGCGUUCGAGGGCAGAGGGAAUUUGGGAGAGGAGCUGGACUCGCUCAGAGCCACGUUAGAUGAGCGACGCGUUCAUGACAACGGCUCGACCAGCAUGUCGCCCAGAUCGCCACGCAGACGCAAGCGAUUCCUCUCCUACCCUCGCUACGUCGAGCUGAUGGUGACGGCGGAUGCCAAAAUGGUGCGUCACCAUGGACGCAACCUAGAGCACUACAUCCUAACAAUCAUGUCAGUAGUAGCAGCAGUGUACAGGGACCCCAGCGUAGGAAACCUCAUCAACAUCAUGAUUGUCAAGCUAAUCGUCGUCCACAAUGAACAGGAAGGGCCCACAGUAAGCUUCAAUGCCGCCACGACUCUCCACAACUUCUGUGUCUGGCAGCAGAGCCAAAACGUCCAGGAUGACAGCCAUCCCUCUCACCAUGACACAGCACUGCUCAUCACCAGGGAGGACAUCUGCCGGGCGAAAGAUAAAUGUGACACGUUAGGGCUUGCGGAGCUGGGGACCAUGUGCGACCAGUACCGGAGCUGCUCCAUCAGUGAGGAAAAUGGAAUUAGUGCCUCCUUCACCAUCGCUCAUGAGCUGGGCCAUGUGUUCAACAUGCCUCACGAUGACAACCCCAAGUGUCGGGAGGCAGGCAUGAAGCACCAGUAUCAUGUCAUGGCUCCCACCCUCAACUAUGACACCAAUCCCUGGUCGUGGUCCAAGUGCAGCCGCAAAUACAUCACAGAGUUUCUAGACACCGGCUAUGGGGAGUGCCUCCUUGAUGAGCCUGUAGGCAGGACGUACGAGCUGCCCACCCUCCUCCCUGGUCAAAUCUACAAUGCCAACAGGCAGUGUGAACUGAUGUUUGGACCCGGUUCCCAAAUUUGCCCUUACAUGAAACAGUGCAAGAGGCUGUGGUGUACAAGUGCAGAGGGCGACCAUAAAGGAUGUCGAACGCAGCACAUGCCGCUGGCCGAUGGGACUGACUGUGGACAUGGAAUGUACUGCAGACAUGGGAUGUGUGUAAACAAGGAGUUGGACCUGCAGCCAGUUCAUGGAGAGUGGGGUCCCUGGGGGCCCUACAGCGUUUGCUCCAGGUCCUGUGGCGGAGGAACCCGGAGCACCAGCAGAGACUGCAACAAGCCAGAGCCCAGAAAUGGCGGGAAGUUCUGCGUGGGUCGCAGGAUGAAGUUCCGCUCCUGCAACACUGAGCCAUGUCCGCGAGGACGGAAAGAUUUCCGCGAAGAGCAGUGCUCUCAGUUUGACGGCAAGCACUUCAACAUCAACGGUCUACCUCCCACCGUCCGCUGGGUCCCCAAGUACAGUGGCAUACUAAUGAAGGAUCGCUGUAAGCUCUUCUGCCGGGUUGCCGGGACGACGGCGUACUAUCAGCUGAAGGACCGCGUCAUCGAUGGCACGCCGUGUGGGCCGGAUACUUAUGACAUCUGUGUUCAAGGCCUCUGCAGGCAAGCAGGCUGUGACCACGUUCUUAACUCUAAAGCCAGGAAUGACAAGUGCGGAGUGUGUGGAGGGGACAACUCGUCGUGCAAAACCCUGGCAGGGACCUUCAACGAUGCUCAGUAUGGUUAUAACACAGUGGUGCGGAUCCCGGCUGGAGCCACCAACAUUGAUAUCAAACAGGUCAGCUACUCUGGAAAGCCAGAAGACGACAACUACCUCGCAUUAUCUGAUAGCCAGUCCAACUCCCUCCUGAAUGGGAACUUCGUGGUGGCCAUGUUCAAAAGGGAAAUCACCUUCAAGGGAACCGUCAUUGAGUACAGCGGCUCGGACACGAAAGUGGAGCGCAUCAACUGCACCGACCGCAUCGAGGAGGAGCUCGUUCUGCAGGUCUUGUGUGUGGGAAACCUCUACAACCCAGAUGUCCGUUACUCCUUCAACAUACCCAUCGAGGAACACAGGGAGCAGUUUGUGUGGGAUCCCUCAGGCUCUUGGCUCGAGUGCAACCGCAUCUGUCAGGGUGAGCGAAGGCGAAAGGCGGUAUGUGUACGUAAGAGUGAUCAUCUUGAAGUGUCGGACCAACGCUGUGAACAUUUACCUCGUCCUGUUGCUGUUACUGAGCCCUGCAAUACUGACUGUGAAGUCAGGUGGCAUGUUGCUGGAAAGAGCGAAUGUUCUGCUAAAUGCGGCCCAGGCUACCGCAGCCUGGAUGUCCAGUGUAUGAAGUACAGCCUGAUGAAGAGACAGAGUGAGAGGAUGGAAGCCAGCACCUGUGGAGACGUCGCCAAACCUCAGACAAGAGAGCCCUGCCAUGGCGACUGUCUGCUGAAGAGCUGGCAGUACAGUGCCUGGUCACAGUGCUCCAAGACAUGUGGACGUGGGAGCCGCAGAAGAGAGUCUUACUGUAUGAACAACCUGGGUCGACAGCUGGCGGACAGGGAGUGCAACGAAUACCAGAGGGUGGUCACUGAGACCUGCAAUGACCAGCUGUGUCCGAAGUGGACUGUGAGCGAGUGGAGCGAGUGCCUGGUGACUUGUGGGAAGGGGACGAGGCACAGACAAGUGUCCUGCAGCACCGGAGCCGGGGAGGAAAAGCUGAGUGAGCACUUCUGCGACCCAUCCAGCAAACCUCCUGCUGUGGGGAGCUGCGAGCUGGCCGAGUGUGCGUCCUGGCAGGUCGGCGUCUGGGGAGCGUGUGCGGUGACCUGUGGCCACGGCUACCAGAUGAGAGCUGUUAGGUGUGUGUCGGGGGCCUACGGUGACACAGUAGAUGACAGAGAGUGCAAUGCUGCGGCGAGGCCCAGAGACAGUCAGGACUGUGAGAUGCCGGCGUGUCCAUGGGCCUCCCCGGCACAAAGCACGCCCCGUCCUGAAAACUCAGCUCAGCUCCUGACUCAGUGGAGAUACGGCUCCUGGACUGCGUGCUCGGUGUCCUGUGGCAAGGGGAAGCGGGAGCGUUAUGUCAGCUGCAGAGAUGCCCAGGGAGGAGUGGCCGACGAAUCACACUGCGCCCACCUGCCCCGUCCCCCGGAGUCCUCUGCCUGCUUCAGCCCUUGUGGCCAGUGGCGUGCUGGGGAGUGGUCUCCUUGUUCAGUGACUUGUGGCAUGGGAAGAAUCACCCGGCAGGUGGUCUGCUCCAACUACCACCAGCCAGUGGACCAGUCCUUCUGUGACCUGGAUGAGAAGCCAGCCACAGAACAGGAGUGUAAUGCUGCACCCUGCUCCUCCAUAUACAACCGUCAGCGCAUCAAUGACCAGCCCUACGGAUAUCCCCAGGACCCAGGACGGCAUCCUGGGCACAGCAGCUGGAAUGUGCCCUCAGCAGACAACCAGUGGAGGACCGGACCCUGGGGCGCAUGUUCCAGUACCUGUGCAGGAGGCUUCCAGAGGCGAGUGGUGGUCUGUCAGGAUGCUGAUGGACGCAGUAACAGCUACUGUGAUGAGAGGGUCAAACCUGCCGAGUCUAAGAGCUGCGACUCUGGGCCCUGCCCGCUGUGGAACUACGGUGUCUGGGGGGAGUGCACUCAGACCUGUGGUGGAGGGAGGAGGACUCGCCUGGUGGUUUGUCAAAGGCCCAACGGCCAGAGGCUCAACGACUACAACUGCGACAUCCUGGACAAGCCGCCCGACAUGGAGCAAUGCAACCUGCAGCCCUGCCCAGGCUCUGCCUCCUGGCACCGCCGACCAUGGAAGCCGUGCUCAGUGAGUUGUGGCCGGGGGACCAAGCAGCGGGAGAUAGCCUGUGUUUAUCAGAACCAGACCAAAAUAGAGGAGGAGCGCUGCAGUCAUCUGCCUCGGCCGCGGACACAGAAGGCCUGUCGGGCGCGAGGAUGCCCCAGUUGGAAAGCCAACAGGUGGAGGGAGUGCUCUGUCAGCUGUGGAGUCGGAGUUCAGAACCGGGACGUUUACUGCAGACUAAAAGGCAGCGGACGGGUCAGAGAGGAUCUGUGUGAUGCUCACCAGCGUCCUGCCACUGUCCGGCCAUGCCAGCCUGCAGAGUGCACACACUUCACUUGGGUCGCUGGUGAAUGGGAAGCAUGUAAUGCCACCUGUGGAGACGGCGCGAGGAGCAGGAAGGUGGCGUGCAUGGGCCCGGGGAUGACACCUGUGCAGGAUGAUUACUGUGAGCCGUCGUCGCAGCCGCCAUCACACCAGCCCUGCAAAGCGGCCCCCUGCCACUACAUGUGGAUUACAGGGGAAUGGUCACAGUGCUCUGCCAGCUGUGGUGUCGGCUACCAGCAGCGUAUCUUCUCCUGCUCCGUGAUGCCCUCCUCCCGGGCUCCGCGCCCGUACGCCGCUGCCCAGUCCUCCUCCGCCAGCGCCCGCUGCUCCGAGCCCCACCCUCCUGGCACCCGGCCGUGCCUCCUCAGGGACUGCCCGCACACAACCUACUGGAAAGUUGGCCCGUGGAGCAAGUGCUCGCAGACCUGCGGGGCAGGAGUGAUGGAGCGCAGGGUGGAGUGCGUGACCUCCAAAGGCCAACCAUCCAAACACUGCCGUCCCUCAGAAAGACCUGAGUCUCAAGCUGCAUGUCAAGACAGAGAAUGCCAGUUGUUCGCUUCCUGCCGAGAGGUCCAGAUGAGACGGGGCGUGAAGAUAGAUGGGGAAUACUAUCUGAAAGUCAAGUCCCGGAUCCUACAGAUUUACUGUGCUGAGAUGCAGACUGAUUUCCCCAAGGAGUAUGUGACCUUACGCAGCGGUCAGACAGACAACUACUCCGAGGUGUAUGGGCACAGGUUGCUGAACCCCUUUGAGUGUCCGUAUAACGGCAGCCGAAGGCAAGACUGCGACUGUAGGAACGACUACUCAGCAGCGGGAUACACACUCUUCCACAAAGUUCGUCUGGACCUGAGCUCCCUGAGGAUAAUGAUCACAGACCUGCAGUUUUCCCAGACUCUUCUUGGUCGACCUGUGCCCUUUGCUACAGCGGGAGAUUGUUAUAGUGCAGCCAAGUGUCCACAGGGCCAGUUCAGCAUUAAUCUGAUCGGCACUGGCCUCAAAGUGGCUGAGGCCACCAAGUGGACAUCUCAGGGCAACUAUGUUUCUGUCAAAGUCCACAGAUCUGAGGACGGAACAAGAAUCUACGGUCGCUGUGGUGGUUUCUGUGGGAAGUGCAUUCCCCAGGCUCACAACGGCCUACUCCUUCAAGUCCACUGAGGGCCAUGCAGAGACCAAACCCCUAAAUCUAUCCCGAAGACAGUAGUCCAGGAGCAUGCAAUAAUCGUGAUUUGUUGGACCCCGUAGUCAUCUGUGAGUGUGGCGGAGGAGCAUUUAACGGUAAUCAUCCCACAGUAACAUCCCCAGUUCCCGAAUGGCAGCUAAAACAUGCACGACACUGUGCCACGUGCCACUGCAAGGUCCUUCAUCCAAACUGCUCACUCUGAAGGAGAACUGGCUGUAUUUGCUUUGCCGACAAUGUUGCAACGUAAAAAUGCUCUCUUUCUCUGACGCUGUUACGCAUUUUUUAGCAUCAUACAAAGGGAUACAAUCUUCAAAACACUGGGAAAGCAACUGCUCAAAUGGCAGAAGAACCUAAAUAGACUCUCUGUUCAAGAAAGAAACUCUCAUCUUUAAAAAACUUCUAAUGGUAUUCUGUGAAGUGAAGCGUAUUCUCGAAACAAAAAUGUCUGGUAAAGAAAAAAAGGCCAGAAUUAGAAGCUACACUGUGAGCAUUUAGCUACCACUUACAUAACUGACUUGCAAUCAAUGAGACAGUAUAGAAAUCAAUAUUCUGUAUGUAUCUAAUAAUCAUCACAAUCCUCUGGUGACAAAGAAGUGCUGCAGACAGACAUUGAAAUAGUACGUGAGGGAUGGUUCUGUUGUGUUUUUUUAUAUCUGGCAUAAAAAACAAGUAAUAAAAACUGCUGAAUGAGCUGCUCUGUAGAUCCUCUCGCCCUCACACAAGUUCAAAGGAAUAGUUUGACAUCUCAGCUCAUUUACUGUCUUGUCGAGAGUUAGACGAGAAGAUCGAGUCCACUCAUGUAUGUACAGAAAACGUGAAGCUACGACCAGCAACCAAUUAGCUUAGCCUAGCACCAAAAGAGGGAAUAGAUGUAAACAGCUAGCCUAGCUCUGUCUGAAUCUGCAGGACAGUUUCUCAUAUGGGUGCAGUAACAUCAGGGCUUCACUCAGAGGUUGCCACGCAAACCGGAAGUGACUGCACCUUUAGUCCAGCAUCUUUACCCCGGACAGAGCCACACUGACUGUCUCCCCACGUUUCCAGUCUCUAUGCUAAGCUAAGCUAACUGGCCGCUAGCUGACUGGCUUCAUAUUUACUAUACAGGCACGUCAGUGGUAUCGAUCUUCACUGUUAACUUGCUCCGUUGGGGUUCAAGGUUCCUAGGAAAUAGCGACUAACUACUGAUAUCCUUCCAGACCUGCCUUACGUCAGAGGUCAAACUUCGUGAGGAGCCGUUAGAACAACUACAGAUAAUUUUUAGUUUUCAUUGUUGUGUAUUUCUUAAAUAUAUUAAAGUCUGUCUGCUGUCAGGUAUUUCACAACACUGCUUAAACCUGCGUGGACAGUCGCCUGACUGUCGCCUGGAGAUAGAAUAAACACUCGUGCUGUGAAUAUUCCAGAUUUUCUAGUGUUGAAGUACAGUGUAAUAGUUUUCUGUGGCUUUUUUAAACCACGAGGAUGUGUUUUUCUUCAACUGCGCCACACAGACGAGUUCUCAUCUGUUACGCCGUGACACAGUAUCAGGUGGGAUGUCUCACCUCACACCCUCCACUGGGCCUACUGUAGGUUCCUGCAACCCCUACCUCUCACAGACAUCCAUACUCUACUGAGAUAUGUGUUGUAAUAUAUUUAUGUUUGACCAUAUUUAUUCUGUAGUGACUGUAGAUAUGUUCUGUGUUUUAAGAUACAAUGACUACUACCAACGGAGAAGCCAUUGUCUGAUGUUCCUUGUCUUUUUUAUGCUUUGCUAAAAAAGGUAUUAGCCGACUACUAUUAGUAGUGUGUAACCACUAACCUUAAAUGAGGAUCUUUUGAAUGGUGCUUUUGAACUACUGGAAUUACCUCUGAUCUUGAGAAGGAAAACACUGGCUUUUGACUCUUCAGCAGAUGUGGGAUCUUCCUGUAAUGCAUGUAAUGGUCCUCUCGUUAAUGUAGCCGAAAAUCUAGCUGCAAGGUUGCCAGAUAUAUCAGAUAAACCGCCGCACGAGGAAAUCUUAACUCAUCAUAAAUGACAUUCACCGUGACCACUACUACAGCUAUCAAGCAACCUAACACGUUUGGUACUCUGAUGUUAAGCUUUAACCAAAGUUAGAAGAUAGAUGCAGAUUUUUUUUUCCUCUCAGACAAUGCAGCUUCUUUUUGAUUUAAAGAAUGGCUGAAAAUAAAGUCAAUGAGCAGCUAGAAAACCUUUGGCCAUCAUUCAUGUUUAUGAUGGUCAAUUGUUCUAUGAGGUCUGUAUCAGAAAGUUAAAGAAUACUUGAUGCACUAUGUGCCAUAAAUUUUGUAGAAAUGUAAUCCUGUUUGGUUUUUUUGUAAUAACCGUUAAGAUUUGUAACUUAUGAUAUAUGUGUAUUUUUAAUAUUCAUACUUGAAUUGUAAACAGUGUGCUAAAUAUUGAAUGGGCGUUGGUACUGAGUAGAGAAACCGUGUGCUUGUUUGCCAUGCUUUAUCCAAAGAUGUUUUUAAAAAUCAUAUGUACCUACAGUGUGUAUGUAGCCUGUAUAAAAAUGAAUGAUUCUGGUGCUAUGAUUACUAAUCGUACCAAUACUGUACG